AUGGAACAGUCGUCUGGGACACCGAACCUCAUCGUUAACGAAACUUUAAACACUGAUAUGAUCAACAACGAACAAAAACAUGGACAUAACAGUAUCCAACCAAAGGAUAUUCAUAUAUCAAGUACUUCAGUAUCUGUACAUCAUCGUCGCAAGCGGUCUCAUAUAUCAUCAUUAUCGGGGCCUGUGCAUGCAGUUAAUCAUAUAGAAGCACCCACAUAUGGAGAAUAUGAAUUUCCAUCGUUAAAAGAUCACGUUGACAUUGUAGAGUCGGCAGACGAGGAAAAUGUACUUCUUAGUUGCAAUCCUGAACAUUUUCUGCGUAGUGAUUCAACUUUUGGUGAAAAAUCCGUCGAUUCGCUAAAGCUCGCUAAACUCGAUCCGGAAUUCCGUGACUUAAUCUCACGUUAUGUCUGCUCGGAAUAUGUAGUUCAUUGUCUUGAACUGGCAGGCUUUUGUACACCGUAUGUUGUCGCCCGACUAGAUGAUCAUCAGUUACAGAGGCUUGAGACGUUUGUUGGACAUGCUUGUUCGAUUAUGAAGUCAAUUACCUUACGAGAGCAUUUCGUAGGGCCCAUUUUUGCAAAUGAUCCAUUAAAGUUUAAACUACCCUCAGGUGCUGCUUGUGGAAUUCUUUUGGCUGCACACGAAAUUCGUCGGAGGUAUCGUCGAUCUCAGUUAUCGAUAGAGGGUCAAAAUCCUAUUGAUGAGGAUUUCAUAGUUGUCCCAGACUCAUGUGAUCAGGGCUUCAGUGAUAUAGGUUGUCAAACAGAUUCUUCAUUGUCUCACUUAAUUUCUUCAACAUCUUCACCGCCUGUUACCUUGGCUGACCCAUUACCAAGCAACUUUGUGGAAAAUUUGGAUUCAACAUCUCCAACAUCGGUGGUAAAUUUGACGUCGAAAACCUACUUUUCAGAUUCCCCGAAUCCCUUACGCAGGUCAGAUCCAAGUGUUCCACCUUCUGACGGACCAGCAGUGAUCAUGGCCGCUGCUCUCCAAGCUGCCGCAGCUGCUGUGAGUGGAAAUGGAUACAAUAAUAUCACUUUGUUUUCUAAUUCUUUACCCGAUGAAAACAGUUUAACGACACUCUCUGGUUUAAGUAGCUGUAACUCUGGUGAUACAAAUCCUGUGCUUCAUCCAGGAACUAGCAUCUCUCCUGUUUCAUCACGUAAUACGAUUCCAGUGUCAAAUAUGCCUUCUGUCGCCAUCACAUCAAAUGCUAUACCAUCUCAUUCUAACUUUUUGAUCAGUUCCUCUCCAGUCGGAUACGGAAAUGGAUUAUUUGAGAAUGAAGGAGUCAAUUUGGAGCGCUUGAAACAGCAUUCUUCAGCUAGUGCAAUCAGGUUAGCAUCACGACAGUUUGUUAACGCUUACCUUAUGCGUGGUCGAGAUUUUGAUAUGGAAAUGGAAUUGUCAGUGACUCCUGAGGGUUUUAAACGUGUUACUGGUAUAUUUUAUUGUCAUCUCUGCAGAGAGAAACGUGAGCGCACAUCAGCCGUACGCUUUUCCAUAGCCCGCAACAGGUAUCCAGUUUUGAGUAAUGUAUUAUCGCACUUAAAAACACAUUUUCAUUAUCGGGGUCAAACGUUAUCAGGAUUGCAGGCUGCGGUCACCCAACAAACUCAGAACUUACUCAAGUCGGCUAAUGCGCUUAAUGAGUCUUUUAUUGGAGAAGGUUUAGGUCAGUCUCCAGGACCGUUCAACAGUUCGAGCUGUCGCACUGAUUUUACGGUACAACAUACAACUAAUUCAUCUAAUACAUCGCUUCUGCCCACAUCUAUUUCCCUUAACCAAUUUCAGUUACAAAUGAAACCUGAACCAGGAAACUGCACAUAUACUAUUGAAGCUGAGGGCAUUGAAGACUCUAGUUCUGUGCAUCAGAUUUUAGACAGUUUAUCUCCGCCAAAUAGAUUAAACUCACCGGAUACCAAAGGUUCGUCUCCCACUCGAGGUUUGGAACUCAAAGUCAUUAUCCCAUCGCGACCAAAUACAGAUAGCCAAUGUAAUACGCUAACUUCCUGA